GAGGAGCCCCCAGUCAAGUCCUCAGCCUCGGCUGCCGCCGCUCUGAGCGGCGCUCGGCGGCUUCAGCCUCUUUAACAAAAGGAUUCGGCGGCAGAAAGGUGGGAGAAGCAGGACGUCGCGCACGGGGCGCCCAGAGGCAGCAGCAGCAGCCCCCACACCCCGGGCAUCCCACCCUCCUCGGACUAUUGUUGCAGCGGUCGAGAGGAAAGGCGGGAGGGGGGGGGCUUGUCCGGGAAAUGGAAGAUGGAAGAAAGCGACGAUGGGGGAGAAACAUUUGUUUGGGUUAAUGGUGCAUCAGCUCACUCCCAGACUGUUGCCAAGGCCAAAUAUGACUUUUUAUUUGGUGAAUCAGAAAAUGAAACUACUUCAGAAUCAGGUAGCCAUGGAGGUAGCGCUCUUCUCCCACAAAACAUCAAUGAAUUCCCGGAAUACGGGUCUGUAGAAGCCCAGACGCUGGAGAAAUCAUCUGAGAUUCAUGGGGAAGAUAUAAGUGCUUUGGAUGGACAUCUGAGUGAUCAGAUGCUCUGCGAACCUUAUGAAAAUGGCAGUUCUGGUGAUGGAAUGGAAACAGCUUCUGAAACAUUGCAAAGCCUGUCCAAAGAAAAAGAACACGCUCAGCUUCUUGACAAACAGAGUGAGAUUUCUGAAGAUUUAGAAUCAGAAAAGGCCAAGGAUGAAGACAGUAAAGUUCCUGGUUCAGAGAUGCAGAUGGAAAGCGAGAGAAGGUCUGGGACAGCAGUUGAAGAGGCAGCUAGGGAAAAAAUUCUUGCAGGCCAGGAAAAGCCUUCAGAAAUGCCUCUUCCAUCUGAUUUAAUGGCAGAGAGGAAAUUGUACUGGAUCACGGAGGAAGACUCUAUGAUCUUAGCCAUGGAAGUUCAGCCUGCGACCUUUCCAACUUCUGGUGGUGGAACUAAGGAAGCCCAGAAAAUAUGUGAAAGGAGUAGUUACACACCUUUGGCUGGUCCGAAGGAUGAAAACUUGGGCAUUGAUGGUGGUGUCGGAGAUGCCUGGGCAGAAUUUGAACGGGAGUUUGCCAUGGGUGAUGAAGAAAAAGCAGAACCGCUCCCCGAGAGGAGGAUAUCAAAAGAGACAGCAACAAACAAACAUGUGGAAUUUCAAGGGGUGGAAAUUCUUUGGAUACAAAAAGCCGAGGAACAGAAAGAAAAGGGACACUCUGAAAUAGAGAGUGGAGAAAGGAGAACUUUCUCCAACUUGUCAAACCAUCACACAUCAUACAUUCCUUCAACAGGAUUAAUUGGCUUGCCUGAUCGCCCUUGGAAUGUAUCCUGGAAAAACCUCAAAUCACUGACAACCUCGACAAGAGGUGAAGAAGGUGAAGCCUCUGGAACUAAAAAAAAGGAUUGGGCUCAGGAAGGACAGCCUGGACCAGACAAGGACAGGUUAAUGGAGGAGGAAGAAGGGCUCAGUGGGAGAAUGGAAGAUGUCCUUGGGCAACUCUCUGAAAUCUCAACAGAUGUGUACAGCUCCCAGUUUGAAAGCAUUCUGGACAAUACAUCUUUAUAUUACAGUGCCGAGUCACUAGAAACAUUAUAUUCUGAGCCUGAGAGCUACUUCAGCUUUGAAAUGCCACUCACUCCAAUGAUCCAGCAACGUAUCAAAGAAGAUGCUCAGUUUUUAGAAAGGACUCCCGGAGGGGUGAUGAGAAAGGACUCUUGCAAUGGAGUUGCCAAUGGACUCGGAGACGUUAAAGAGUCAGACCUUGCUGCAGCUUGUCCUUCGGAAAGCAAUGCAAGAGUGGAAUGUACUACACCGUUAGAUGCCACAGGGGAUAUGGGCAGCCAUGAUAUUCUGGAAAAAGAGGGACAUGAAAACCUGAGCCAUGAUUUCAUCAAUGGUACGACCAGUGGCAAUGUGGAGGCUGCGCGGAGGCUGGCAAAGCGCCUCUAUCAUUUGGAUAGAUUUAAACGAUCUGAUGUGGCAAAGCAUUUGGGGAAAAACAACGAGUUUAGUAAGCUUGUAGCUGAAGAAUACCUCAAGUUCUUUGAUUUCACGGACAUGUCUUUGGAUUACUCUCUCAGGACAUUUUUUAAAGCCUUUUCCCUCAUCGGAGAAACUCAGGAAAGAGAGAGAGUUCUAAUUCAUUUCUCCAGCAGAUACCACCAAUGCAACCCCAGUGCUAUCUCCACACAAGAUGGAGUCCAUUGCCUCACAUGUGCAAUGAUGCUGCUUAACACUGAUCUUCACGGCCAUAACAUUGGCAAAAAGAUGUCCUGUCAAGAAUUCAUCGCCAACCUUCAAGGAAUGAAUGAGGGUACAGAUUUCCCAAGAGAACUCCUGAAGGCUCUUUACAAUUCAAUCAAAAAUGAAAAGCUUGAGUGGGCAGUGGAUGACGAAGAGAAGAAAAAAUCCCCUUCAGAUGGCACUGAUGAGAAGGAUAAUGGAAACCAGUCCAGGUCUGUCAGUCGCAUCGGCAACUCCAAUAACCCCUUCCUGGAUAUUCCUCAUGAUCCCAAUGCUGCCGUGUACAAAACUGGAUUCCUGGCACGGAAAAUCCAUGCUGAUAUGGAUGGAAAGAAGACUCCACGAGGAAAAAGAGGAUGGAAAACAUUUUAUGCUGUCCUUAAAGGAACUGUGCUUUAUUUGCAGAAGGACGAAUACAAACCAGAGAAGGCUUUAUCAGAGGACGACCUUAAGAAUGCCGUCAGCGUGCACCAUGCGCUAGCAUCAAAGGCAACCGACUACGAGAAGAAGCCAAAUGUCCUGAAACUGAAGACAGCUGACUGGAGAGUGUUGCUUUUUCAAGCUCAGAGCCCUGAAGAAAUGGAGUCCUGGAUCAAUAAGAUCAAUUCUGUGGCAGCCGUUUUUUCUGCCCCACCGUUUCCAGCUGCAAUUGGAUCCCAGAAGAAAUUCAGCCGCCCUCUCUUACCUGCCUCCACCACCAAAUUAUCUCAGGAUGACCAGCUAAAAUCCCAUGAGAGCAAACUGAAGCAGGUCUCUACUGAACUUGCCGAACAUCGUUCCUACCCACCGGAUAAGAAACUUAAGGGCAAGGAGAUUGAAGACUACAAGUUGAAAGACCAUUAUUUGGAAUUUGAGAAAACCCGUUAUGAAAUCUAUGUGUCUCUUCUCAAAGAUGGAGCAGGAAAGGAGUUGCUGAGUAGCAGUGAGAUUGAUGGUCCUGGACUGAAGAAAUGCCACUCCAGCCCUUCAUUAAAUCAAGAGUCUCCUGUUAGUGCCAAGGUGAAGCGUAAUGUCUCUGAGAGGAAGGACUAUCGACCAGAAACUCCCAGCAUCAAGCAGAAGGUUACUUAAGAAAACUAAGGCAGGCUGGAGGAUCACACGCCGCUCUCUCUUUGAUAACCUGUCCUUUGCGAAACAAACAAAAAUUAACACAUCUGCCUGAAUGGGUGUUAGUGACAUUUUUCAGUUGUAAAUUUUGUUGUUUCUGUACAGGUUGUUGGAAAUGUUUUGGCUUCUAACUUGCAUUUGCCUAGUUAAGUUAUCAUAGAGCAAUUGAUCCAGUCCUCCUUUUUUUUAAAAAAAGAAAAGAAGUGGGGGGGGGAGAAUUGGAAUGGGUCAGAGAGAGAUUUCACGGUAUAUUUAUCUCUCUUGUCAUAUGUUGGUCUUCUUUUGUUGGCUUGUAAUUUUCAUCUGAACUGCUGCUGCUGUUCAGCCGUGGGGGAAUGACGAGGCAAAUGGAGGCUGAUCAACUUGUUAAGCCUUGUCAGCGGAUAAGCUAAGAUGUAAAAGAGACUGGGUAAAAAAACGUUUGAGUGUUGCCAAGCUCGGUAACAACGCAUUGUGGAAGAUAUGCCAGUAACUUGAUUAUUGAGUGAUCAGUUAUUAUGAUCUCUUAGUCCAAACUUUUGGAUAUAGAAACAGAUGAAGACCUUCGGUGAAUAGAAAUGAUUUCAACUGAUACAGGUCUUAUUUUUUCAUGUUCCUGGGUAGAAACUUUCUACCAUAACCUUCUCUUGUUUUAUCUGCACAUAGUGUUACCCUAAUGAUUCUCAACAGCAAAUAAUCAUAUAUUCAUUGUACUAAUAACAAUAGCGUGUAAUGUUUUUGUUCAAUCGGCAUUAUGAUCCUCCUUCAGAUGUUUAAGUAUUUUCAGGCACUUUAUAAACUAGUUGAUCAAAAGCUGGUAUCAUUCCAGUCCCCAUUUGCUAACCAAUAGGUCCCCUAUGCUAUAGAAUUGCUUGACAGAGAUGUCUGUCUAUCCCCAUAUCCAUACUGUACUUCCUGAUUUUUGGCCCAAGAACUCUCUCUCAUUAUUAUAGUUCCUAGAGUGGUCUCAUUUCUGUUGCAGAGAAGGGCAUUACAUCUGACUCUUUCUUGGCAAUGAAAAAUAUCCUGCAAUGCAAACCAAAGAGAAAAGAAAUAACAAGAACAAUGGAGGUUUAAGUUAUAAUCAGGAGCCUUGGAAAAAAAAAACUUUCUGGGGAAUAAAAAGUUUUGAAAAUUGUUGAAGGGCACCUCAUUAAACCCAGAAAUGGCAGCUUGCAGAUAAGAACGCAUGUUCUGGGGGUGGGGGGGCAUUUUCUAGGUGGGGUUUGUACAUUUCUUUUUUUGAAGAGGAUAAAUUGUGUAAAAAAAAGUCCCAUCCCCUAGAUUCUGUCAGGCUGGGAGAUAAGAAAACGACAGGGUGACACAUGUGAAAGCACUGAAUUAGGCUCCUAAAUUUAGAAUACUAAAUAAAAGCUGUCAGUAGUCAGGACAUUCUUUAUAAGUGCAAUUAAGGUAUUGUUCUAUUUCAGUACUGCUAACUUGCAGCUGUUUAGAUGCCACAAAUAUUACAGUUCCCACCAUCAAUCACUAUCAGGGCUACAUAAGUUACAUAUCAGAAGUUCAUUAAGAUAGGACUCUUACCACCUGUACCUUCAUAAGAAAAUUUCCUUCGUUUUACAAUCAUGAGUUAUCACUGUACGUCAUGAAUACUAAAUCGGUAUUUGGGGUACUGGAUAAGUUGCUACUGCCUGCCGAAUUAGAAAAAUUCACAAAGAGUGGCAUAUGGUUUCAACAAGAGUUCAGAAAAGCCAGCAAACCGCCAGCCUUGUUGAAAUGAAAAGAGGUGGCACCAAAAUGAUUUGCAUCUUUUAAAAAAGUGGGAGGGGGAGGUGUUAGUUCAAUGUAUGCUUUGUACUAAUGGAGUACAGGAGAAAAAAAUGAAGAGGCUGUAAAAAAAUAUUUGGGAAGAAGACCUUGGUAAGACUGGAGAGAAAUACACAUGAGAAAUGUUAAACUCAUCCCUUGAAACAGAGAAAUCACUUUUUUCUCUCUACACAUGAGUGAGACAGUGAUACUAUAUUAAGGUUGUAUAUGGCAUUUCCAUAACAAAAGUAGACUAAACUGAUUAUUCAAGAGCCUUCCAUGUUGUUUGACUCUUAGCCUCCAUGUCUAUUUGUUGAGUGUUACUGAUGAUGUUUGCAAAAUCUAGGAUAGCAGGGUUUUUAGAUUUGCAUUUUGGAAUGACUACAGCAUGGUAGGAAUUAUCAGGUGUGUGUGAUGUCCUCCUUCCAUUAAAAUACAGAAUUUGUGGCUGGGUUCACCCGUUGCACUAAGCUGUACUUUGUUUUAACCAGACUUCGUUGUACAGACCACAAUCGCUAGAUUCGCCAGUAUACUGAGCCAAAGUCAAAUGAAAUGCACCCUUGGCAUAAAGCAAUGUGUGAACCUAUUUACAUAGUGACUCACUCAAUAUUUGUUCAUAUAAAGACACACUUUGGAAAAAUGAUCAAUGGGGAAACGGUGGCUGCUCUUCCUUUUUCUUGCAGAACAAAAAGCUUUGUAAGAUUUUGGAGCAACCCAUGUGGCAGCCAGGCAACAGACUAUAUAUACUCCACUCAUCUAGUAGAGUCAGUGCCAAUGAGUUACAUGGACUUGCUGAUGAGUUUGGUCAAGCUUGCAUACAAAGAUUGGAAAGGGUAUUAUUUCCCCCCCCCCUUCAACUCCUGGAGGAAAAGCAGGAUAUAAAGCUAACAAAUAAAUACAGAAAAGCAUUCCCUUCCCACCAUUAGAAUACUUGGUACUUUUCCAUUUGUGUGAAACUAUGGGUUGCUUCAUUGUCUGGAUUUGGUCCAGAGAUUACUCAGUCGGUUGGAAAGUAGGGAGCAUGAUUUGGAUAAGAGCCCCGGAAGUAUAGAAAGAAGAAACCGCCACCUAGCUGGAUCUCUGUGCUCAAAGGAAGAGAGACUGCAAUUUUCUCCAUAAUGCACAUAAUGAGAAGUCAAAAUUAACUGUCUGUGUCAUAUUUCCAUUUUCACUUUCCCUGUCCUCCUUUCACUUUCUAAGAAUCAAACUCUAGUCAAGCCUGUUAGGCUUAAUAUUAAAAGUACAGCUCUUGAAAGAAGUUUGAUAACAGUUGGAAGCUUUCUGGUGUUUUUUUUCCCCCCCUGGAUUCUUUUGUGAUGCUUCCAGAAGGUUGAAACAAACCCCAACAUGGCUAUUCAAGUCGCACAAUUAAAAGCUGUAAUGGGCUUUAUAUGCACUCUUGUUCUCCAUGUGCACCCUGAUGACUGUUGCCUUGGGGAAACAGGAGUGCAGCCAAUAAUUGAAACGUUGCAAUUCAUGAAUGUAUUUGUGUCUAUUUCUUUUCAGAAGCAGAGGGGAAUUCAAAUUAUUUAUUAUUUCCAAGGUGCCUAUGGUGGUGGCGGGCAGAGGGUGUGUUGUAAAUUACUGUGACUGCAGUCAGCUCCCCUGCUGCAUCCCUGAAAUAAGGGGUCAAGUAGGCUUUGGCUUCAUUACAACCUUAGUAGGUAGCUCCAUAGUUUUUCUCAGAGGAAUAAGUCUGCUUUUACUUCACAUUUACUUAUAUAGCAGAGCAUCAGAGAUCACACUACCUGGGGUAAACAUGAAGCUGCAUUUUUAUUGAAGUGUUGACUGCAGCCAUUGAUGCUUAAGCUUCUCCUAUAUAACCAUGUUAUUAAUCAGCUUUUAUAUAUAAGGGUUUCUUUUUUCUGCUCACUUGAAAAUUAAGGUUAGUUACACUUACCUUGCAUGGGAGAUAUGGGUGCAUUGCUGAUGUGGAUGUGCACAUCUACAGGUAGACAAGAGCAUGCAUCAAAAUAGUUGCCUAUGCUUUUGUGAAACAUGUAUAUUGAUAGGUACUAUUACACUUAGGUUUUUUGCUAUUAAAAGGUUUUGGCUGGCAUUGGAUUGGGACUAGGUACUUACAGUAACUUUGUGCUAUAUUUCUCUUUUGCUGUUUGCAAGCAUUGUUUUCUGUAAGAAUUGGCACAUUGGCAUUUAAAUUGUGUGUAUAAUCCUUAUGGUCGUGCCAUGGUUGUCAGGGUCCAUGGCAAGAAGCUUCUAUAGAAGUACGUAUAUUCACUGGUCUCUGGUUAUAUUUUUAUAUGUCAAAGGUUUUCCUAAUGUUGCUUCACGUUUCUGUUGAAGCUUGUGGCAAAAGAGCCAAAUCUCCUACAACCUUAUAGCUUUUUUUUCUUUUUAACAUCCCUAGGGAUGACUUUUUCAGUCCCAGGGGUUUUGAAACUUGGGUGGGUAAGUAUGAAUAAUUGUACAUGAUCUAAAAAUUGCUCGUGAAAUCUUGCAGCUCAUAUCAGCAAUUACAACACCCACAGGAAUAGGCUUGCAGGCUAAAUCCCUUGAUAUUUAAACUAUUGCUGUGUCUGGAAGCAGCAAGAACAGCUUUCCAGAACAACGUUGGCCCCCUCGGUCUCCCACUGUGCCCUUGCCAGUUGUACAAUGUCUUUAUUUCUAAGUCUUGCUCUUCGGUUUUGACCACCAAUUCUGUUGUCACUCCAACAACUGCAUUCCAUAAGACAGUGCAGCACUGUGGCCUCUAGAACCAACAGACAUAGAUUUCCUUUCCUGGUUACAAACCUCCGAGCUGAACUCUUCAGUCAUUGAUAACCAGUCUAUACAGUUAUUAUUGCAACUUUUUAAAGUCCUUGGACGGGUGCAUCACUAAAUUACAUUUGGCCAGGCUGAGAUUUUCAAAAUGGUACUAUAUAUUGCACCGAGUCGAAUGCAUUUUGAAGGAAAAAAACAAGUAAGUUCUUACUUUAACAGAUCGUCCCCAAUUGGUUGCAAUUGCCUGUCAUUUUUCCUAUACAGCGGUAUCUUGCCAUGUUUAUUAUUUGGGACCUGUUUUGAGCCAGAUUAGACGUUCUUUUCAAGGGGAAUCUCUGGAUGGUACAUUAAUUCCAUUUAAUUUUCAGCUGUACAAUAUGUUCCCUGUUCUAUUAUCUGCAAAGCUGCAAUGCAUUCACACUCUGUAACAGAUUGAGAAGUCUGAAAAAUCAGCACUUUAGUUUAAAUUCUGUUUAAAAGUUUGCUUUAUCUCAGCAUAUUCAAACUUUUAAAGUAUAACUUCUAAUAGCACUGUACUGGAAUUUCAAGAAAUUAACAGAUACAGUGGCAAAUUUUAACUGUGUUCUGAAUCUUUGUGUUUCGAAUUAAGCCUCAUCUUUCAGUCUUAGGUCUCCAUCUGCAUAUAUUAUAUGUCCAAAGUGUUGGGAGGAUUGCUAGAAAAAUAUUUUAAAUAUUUUGACCGUUCUGGGUAUGUUUGACCAUUAAGAAUUGUUAGAGUUUGAAUUCUGCUUUUCAUUUUGAGUUUGCAUUAAGGUGAACAGAAUAAAAUUAUCUGUAUGCAAUGAGAAAGAUGAUUUGGGGAGGGGAAAUCUUUUGGAGAUAUCACCUAGAAAAUUAGGCUAAGACUAUGACACAAAUAGUUAAUUUUUAAUUUUUCCCAAUUGAAAAAAAAUAAUUUUGACAUUGGCUACUGACUUUUCAAAAUUAUAGAUGUGUAUUUUUUUAGAAGCAAGAUAGAGAUCCUGCUGCUUAUAUCUAUUAACCUAUAAUGGGAGAAUUUGAAUGAUUUGGCAAUAUUGAAAUUAAAAUUCAUCUUGCACUAGUAAUACAUAUCAUCUAUUUUAAGUAAAUUUCUGUUAUGUGCUAUGCAGUUGUUGUGAUUGAAAAUAUUAUAGUUUUGGCUGAGCUGAUCGGAAUUUCUGGAAAUUGUAUUUAUAAGCUUUAGGAAGUUUGAACUGUUAAUUUAUUAGAGACUAUUGUUUUUCCUUACUACCAAUAUUUAACAUUAAGUAUGUGACUUAUCAUGGGCAAUCAUGGUUUCUGAAAUCAAAAAAUUGUUGGUUCCCCAAUAGGCUCUUCCUAGGAAAUUCGGAAAAGGCUUGUGAGGAGAUUGGUCUGCUAUUCCACUACGCAGUUUUGAAAGAUUGGAUCAAGUCUACCAUGUAGACUACCUAGAGCUGAGUGAUAAGCCAUAUGUCUUGCAUGGAAAGUGGAUUAUAUUCAGUUCUCAGUAUCUUCCAGCUAAAAGGUUUUCAAGAUUACAAAGCUUGAAAUGAAAAGAAUUCCUUGAAAUCUGAGGGAGCACAUUUGGAAAACAUAUUGUGACCAUGUGAGGGAAUUUUCUAGUUCAGACCUUGGCAGAGAUUUACAACAUUAAUUCACUGAGCCCAAACUAUUUCUGAAUCCAUUGAAAACCUCUUGCUCAUCUCUGGCUUGUAUUGAUACAGCAAUGCAACAUUUUCUUUAAAUAGCAAUUUCUAUUAUCUCCAAACCAGCAAGACACUCACACACAUUGGCUGGAGAUGAUAGGAAUGGCAAUCCCAGAAACCUGAACAAGGCCAGAUCAAAAAUUGGGAUCAGUUGUGAAGCCUCAUCUAAAAUUAAAUUAGAAGUGAAACUCAACAAGUAUAUUUGAAUGUAAUUAGCAUAUAUGUGUGUCUUAACAGAUUAUUUGUUAUUACUGCAGAGGUAUAAUGUGGAUAAAAACUAAUUUGUUUCAAUCUUAGCAAAGAUGGAACUCAUAUUUGAUUGUUUUCUGAUGAGGAGACACAGAAGAGAUAAUGUGGCUUCUUCCACUGGUUCCAGAUGAGCUGGCCUCAGUAAUAGUUGUGGCUUACAUUUAAAGUUUUGCUGUGCUUAGCUUAUCUUUCUGUCUUGAAGUGACUGAAAAUAUAGUUGCCAUCUUUGUUCAGCAGAAUUCUGCAUCAUCUUUUCCACUCCAUGUCUUCUGCAGAAUUUUAGAAUCUUGCAUAUUUGUUUUCUAUCAUUUGUAUCACUUGAAGAAGUAUCAUGGCUGACAUUUGCAGCAGCUCUGCGGCUCAGUUUGUACCUGUCAUUUUUAACAAAUUAGAUUUGCUUCUAGGUAGUCUCUCUGCACCAUUCUUCUAUGAUUAUAUACAUAAUCACCUGUGGUACAGUUCUGUGUAAAAUCCGAUUGUGUACAGUAUAUAUAUAUAUACUGUAUACAUAUAUAUGUAUAUGUAUAUGUAUAUGUAUAUGUAUAUGUAUAUAAUAUUAUAUAUGAUAUCGUUCUUCUUAAGAGCUUAAAGAAGCUUUACUUGGUAACAAACCAGCAGAAGUAGAACAUGCUAGCAGAGAUAGAACAUAUAAAUCUAUCAGAUCAAUGUAGGAGUGCUCUAGUUUACCCCAUUUCCCUGAAAGUGUAAAAGAGAAUUAGCAGGGCAUGUGUGCUGUAUUUUUGCUUCUUUACAUCUGUAGCACUUUAUUUUUUUGCUGGAAUUAAAGAACAGGCCUGUACUAGGCCAGAUGCAGAUGCAAGUUGUUCUAUUUCUUGAAAGUCCAAGUCUUUUGAAAGCUUCACUAUAGAACAGAAUCUCAGAAAAGGUAUCUCAUUUUAUUUACCUCAUAUCGGCCUGGAAGAUUGGUCAAGAUUUUAAGUGCAAGGAAAAUAUCCUCUGUUUUUAUAAUGUUGAUUUUUCUGAGACCUGUUCAAUAUAAUUAAAAUGGAAGAGAUAUCACUUCAAUAUUUCCCACAUUGAGAGAUGGUACAUUGAAAAAAGGGAGAGGGGUUGCUUACCCCCAGUGGCUUUUUGAUGCUCAAACAAGGAAAGUAAGGCAUAUCUUAUAAAAGAAGCAA